GGGAGCGGAGAGGCGGUAACACCGGUCCGUUCCCGGUCUCCCUCCUCCUCCGCCGGUCUGUCUCGUCCCGAUCCCGACACCUCCCCCUCUCCCGCCGCUCCCCGCCAUGUGGCGCUGGGCGCUGCUCACCGCUCUGCUCGCCGUGUCCUACGUGUACUUCUCGGAUGACGAGCUGCCGCGGGCGCUGCUGCGCUUCCUGUCGGACGGCCUGUGCCGCCUGUCGGUGCUGCGGCCGGUGGAGGAGGUGGUGUCCGAGGCCUGGGACUCGCUCAUCGUGGCGCCUCGCGUGGGCUGGACCCGAGUCGCCGUGGGGGUGAACGCCUGUGUGGAUGUGGUGGUGUCGGGGGUCGGCCUCCUGCGAGCCCUGUCGCUGGUGCCGGGGACCAGCCACGACCACGAGGCCAUGAACUCCAGCGAGCAGCUGCAGGACACCUUCGCCCACUUCAUGGACCGAGGCGCGGCCGCCGAGCGCCUCUUCGCGGACAGGGACGCGUUCCUGAGCAUCGCCCAGACGGCUUCCGUGCAGCCGGGGGCCAAGCACUUUGUUGGAGGCAAUGCAGCUCUCAUUGGACAUAAGAUGGUGACACACUCAAACCUGUCGGUGCUGUUAUGUGGGCCAGUGGGUCCCAAACUCCAUGAACUCCUGGAUGAUCGGAUUAUUGUCCCACCAGAAUCUCUGCAAGAAGUGGAUGAGUAUCAUCUGAUUCUAGAAUACCAGGCAGGAGAAUCUUGGGGGGAGAUAAAAGCUCCUCAAGCCAAUCGCUUCAUCUUCUCACAUGAUGUGUCCAACAAUGAGAUGAACAUGAUGGAGGCCUUUGUGGGAAGUCUGGAAGAAUUCAAUCCUGAACUGAUUGUGUUAUCUGGGUUGCACAUGAUGGAAGGACAAGAAAAGGAAAUGCGUGAGAAACGACUUCAGGAGAUUGGUCUGUUAAUCUCAGAGAUUUCUAAUGAAGUCCCAAUACACCUGGAGUUGGCGAGCAUGACAGACCCGGCCUACAUGACUGACAUUUUGCAUCAGCAGAUUCUUCCGAUUGUGAACUCUGUCGGACUGAACGAGCAGGAGCUGCUGUUCAUCAGCCAGUCCGGUUUGGGACCUUACUCCUCACAAGCUUCCUGGGAUGGAAUCCCAGAUGUUGGAAAGGUCAGUGAUAUCAUCUUCUGGAUGCUGCAGAACUACGGACGCAUAGAGCCUGAAAGCGAUUCCGAUCUUACCCGGAUCCACUUCCAUACCCUGGCCUAUCACAUUCUGGCUACGGUUGAUGGCUAUUGGGCCAACCAAAUGUCUGCGGUGGCAGCCGGUGCCCGGGCUGCUGGCAUCCAAGCCUGCGGAGGCCCAACCAUCGAUCACAGGAAGUUUAUUCUCAAAGCUCCCAGGGAGUUUUCUCCAUCGUGGACAGACGACUCACUGAAACGGGUGAAAAUUGUGCUGACCCCAACAGAUCCUGUGCACAUGUGGCAACGAGAAAACAUCUCCUUUUAUUUCACUCCUGUACUGAUUUGCAAACACCCGAUACGGACUGUGGGACUUGGGGAUGCCAUUUCAGCAGAAGGGCUCUUGUACUCUGAGCUGCAGUGAGUUUGGAUGCUGACUGCUCAGUAACAUGGAUUAAACAAGAGUUUGCAUUUAAAACAUUUUAUCCGCAGUUAGAUUAGGACUGGGCCGUGGAGAGGCAUCGCAGACUAGGUGGGGAGGUUGGGGGGGAGGGAGGGGGUGAUACCAAGCUUUUAAGUGCUGUAGGUGGCAGGGAUGGUACUUACAGCUUUCAUGCCAGUCUCGGGUAUCGUUAACCUUUAGACAGGGCUGUGCUGAAAUAACUGGGGGUUGGAGGGAUUGAGAGCAUGAAUGUUUGGAAGUGUGAGCCUUAUAAUAAAUGUGUUCUUUAUGCAAGUGCGGAGCCAGGUAAGCACAAUUUACCUGUUUAGUGCAAAUUCACAUUUUGUAAACUUGAAGAAGGGGGAUGUAUGUGUGUACUGUAUAAGGUAAUGCUUCCACGUGCUGCACUACUGGUGCAAUGCACGCAGCCAGGAUUAACUGAACAGAAGUUUGCUGUUAAGCACAGGGACUUGUCGCAGUUCUUAAUGCAUCUGCGUUUUACUUCUGUUUUAUCUUUAUGCGAUGGGCAAGUAGGGAUGCAAAAGCAAAAAAGAUAUCCCCAAAAAUACAAACUCGUGUUUUCAUAGUUUUUAUCAAUUUUUAUUCUGUGAACAUUCCUUCAUUAGAGCUUUCCUGACAGUCCAUGAGAUGAGCUUCUGAGUGGAAAGAUGCUCACUGAUUAUCUGUAUGUCUCUCUCACUCACUCGUUCUCUUUCUCUUUCUCUCUCUCUUUCUCUCUCUCUCUCUCUUUCUCUGUCACUCUCGCUCUUCCCUUUCUCUUUCUAUACACUCCAAGUUAUAAAUGACCUUGAUGACCGCGACUGUGUUUGCUUCCGGGGAUGGAUGUACGGUGAACACCUGCUUAGGGUUCAUUCUGUGUUUUAAUUUAUUGCUGCUGAAUGGAGGUACCAUCUUUAGAGGAAGAAGUAGCUUUACUUGGACCAAGUGACCCCAUAGUUUCUGCUUAUUUCAGGCAUGUCGGCUACCAAAAUAAGGAAGAAAAAUCCAUACCUUUUGUUUUGAAAGCCAAUUGUGAUCACGGUUCCUAUUUGAACACGAGUUUGCGUUGCUACUCCCUCAAGUGGCCCUCACUGUUACUGCCAUGUGCACACUGUAAACGUACUGCGACCCCUUUGGUGGAGGCUAAUGGUUUAAGUGUAGUAACUGCAGGGCAAAUUUCAUCCUCUGCGGCAACAAUUACUAGGUACAAGAGGCUGAACAUAAAAUGUUUAAUGUGUUGCUUCUCUGUUUUCUACUUGAACCUCUCUGAAAAAUUCCGCGAUUGUGACACGUCAGUUUUAUUGUGUUAUUCAGGGAUAUUGGUUUCUCCUUGGAGGGAUCUUGCAAUUGCACCAUAAUGGGAAUUUGACUACAUUUUUUGCUGUUAUCCUUUUGAAGAAUAUGCGGUGUUGCCUGUACUCUUGUAUCUUCUUUCUACAGUGAAAGGGGUGGGGUAUGGGAGUGCAGUGGGUGUUAGUAGGAACGGGUAUUGGAAUUAUUGGGGUAUGGAAGAGUAUGAGGAAUACCAUGGGAUCUGAAGGCACUGUGGGUCAUGGUGGAUCUGUACUCUGCAGAUAGAGGGGAGGGGGGACUGACAGCUGCUGAGAAUGCUGACCUUAAGGAGCUGCUGACAGGAGUUAUCCUUUGAGCAGCACAGCAGACAUUUCGGUUCCAGUCUCCUGGAGCAGACGGGGAUAGUGAAUGAGACAGAAAUUAUGCUAUUAAAUUUUUUUUAUUUCAAAGCGGCUGUGAAAUUUGCUUUCAGAAAUAGUAAAUGUCCGGACUUUAUGAAAGCAAUUAGAUCCAGUACAUUGUUCAUUUAAUCCAGUACAUUGUACAUUUAAUCCAGUACGUUGUACAAAGGAAUGAAAUAAAUUACAACAAUGGGUACUCUUAUAGAAGCUUUUGAGGAUUUAAUAAGUUUGAUUGAUGUCACACAAAAUGGCUUUACAGCAAAAUCCAUAACUUUGGUUCUACUGGGCAGUCUUGACAGCCAUCUUUCCCUUGUGCACCAUCUGGUGACUACUGAGAACAACUACAGUUACCCAGUGAGUGCUGGAGACCUCAAAUACUGAACCUUGUUUAACUGGUGACUUUUGGAGCUGCAGACCAAUUAAAAGGACCAAUCCUUGUUCAGUUUGCUCCGUACCAAAUAGGUUAAAGCAUCUGAAUCCUACCGUGACUUUUACUUCUUAACUUGCUGGUGAUUUCAUAGUCUGACUUUCCGUUAUUUACUCUAGGCCAGUUGCUAUGUUAGACUGUUGUAUUCUAUAUGCUGUAUCUAUACACAGGCUUGGGCUACGUUCCAGAGAUUCAUGGGUGCAUUUUGUUGGCAACAUUGAUGUGUUUUAUCUCUUGUUGUCAAGUGUCUCGUAUAAAAUCAUUUUUUUAUAUGUCAAACGUGGGUGGUUUAUAGCACACUAUCAAUCCAGUAAAUAUUUUAUUUUUUUUAACCAUGAUGUGGUUUUGAAACAAAUUUGUUUUUUUUAUAAUAAAAAAAUCAGCAAUUAA